GCUUUAUCUUACCUGUAACUUGGAUGGACCGUAGCCUGAAAUUUCAGAGACAAGCCCCGGAACUUCGCACAUGUGCCCUGAACACCCCACCGCAAUACCAUAGCUUCGCCUAGCAAGUCAGGAUUAUUGGAACCAAUUUCUUUGCCUACUGUUCAUAUACUAAGAAGAUGCUUAUCUCAGGAUCAUGUUCUCCGUUCUGUACCUUCUGGCAAGCGUUCAUUUUCAUAUUGAUUUUGCUGAGAAGAGUCUGAGUGCAACGAGCGGCAGAACUUAACCUAAUAAUGACGUUGCCAAGAAACCACCUUGGCUGCCCACGCAGGCCAAACCCCCCCUUUACCUCACUCUCUUUUAUCGUAUCGAUUACUGCAAACAUAUCAAAACUUCUACUGCUUGAGUUUUACGUAGGGCUAGACAAUUGUGCCACAUCUGUUCGCUUCUCUUAUUUCAUAGUGAUGGCUUUAAAGCAAUGUACACGGGGAAACCUCUCCCCCACAAUGGAGGUGCUUCAUCAACUGAUAAACAUCCUCGGUCAUGAUUUUACGACGGACCUAAGCUCUUCUAUAGCAUCAUUACAACCUCAAACUAUACUUCGACUCAAGUUGAGUGCCGAGAUCUUUAUAGAUUCCCAUGAGUCCGAUGGCGGUGAUACAGUCCAGGCUCCUCCACUUCACAUGGGGUCGCUCAAUUUCAACACUUUUGAAGUUCAGGAAUACUUGCAACUUCAUAUAAAUGACAGCAGCAUUCCAACGCCGGCACGAAGUUCUGUAGACAGGGACGAUUUGUCUGUUUCAAGCCCAGUUCGGAGCCCUCUGUCUAGACUGGAUACUCCGCAGGACCGAUCUCACACCUUUAAAAGCAGUCUCCAAGCUUACGAAUCUUAUGCAAGCAAAAGGCGGAAAACAGCUGGUUCCCUGCGUGUCACUGAGACAAAUGUUCCUCGUUCUCCUACGGGGUCCUCCACGCCGAGUUCUGGAAGCUCGACGGCCAGACAGCUGCAAACCAGACCUCGAGAGUUUCCCCAACGCAAAAAGAGAAACGACGAUGAUGUUCAUCAUUUGCAGCCAUCUUCUGUAGAGCGAUUCAUCACAGGGCUAUGGAAGCAAGUUUUCAAUAAUCUUGAGCUAAAUCCAACGUCCAUGCAUAAGGACAUGUCAACGCCAAAUUUAAUGGGCAAUAGUGGCAAUAUCGAGACCUUUCGAGAGAUAAAUUCUCUGUGCUUGAGAAUCACGACGAUGGGUAAAUGCUCUCGUGCUUUAGAAACCAUUAUCCAAGCACAUUGGGUAGAUUGCUUUGAAGCUCGGGUCAAGAAUAUUGGUGCGGAAAAGUCAUUCCUGUCCAGCACUGAAACCAAGAUGUCUGCUUUGAGAGAAGCCUGCGCCAUCCUCAAGUGGUCAGAGAAAGAGUUGAGAAACAGAUUAUCAAUCUGGCGCGGCUACAAAGAAAUCAAAGACAUCGGUGGUUGGGCUUGCCUCGUUUUUGCGGGCCCUGGAAUCUACAGAUUCUGCAAAUACCGAGGAAGUUUCGGCAAGAAUCUCACAACAAGACUUAGCCGACUACGAAUGAGUUUGGAGGUUGCAGCAGACACAAUACAUCCUGAAUGGCGAAAGCUGCUUGCUAUUAUCGGUCAAGAUACUCAGAGGCUUUACUUCGGCCAUCCGCAUGAUUGGGUGGUGAGAGAUGGGAUGUCGCCUGUGACUCUCAAGUCUACUUACACUCAGUGGAAUUCAGAUUUCAGCUUUACCCACAUUGAGGACUCAGUGCUUGAUCGGCUUGCUUGGAGAGCAGACGACCCACGGCGAAUAUUUGGCGCGAACACCGCGUUUUGCAAUGACUGCGGCUAUUUCCAGUCACAGAAUGUCUCCUCAAACGAAUGCAGAUGUUUCCCAGAACUUUAUGGUGCAUGCAAAGUUCCUGUGCCGGUACAGGUUUUCCGCACACCGUUUGGGAAGAACAAUGGUCUUAUUGCUCGCUGUGCAUUCUCUCGUGGUUCAGCGAUCGGCGAGUUCACUGGACUAGUGACUAAAGGCCUUGAGGGGACGGAUGUGAUGCAAAGUGGCGAUGAUGACAGAUGCUAUCAAAUAUAUCAGGGGUCAAUGGGCAAUUAUACCCGUUUCAUCAACCAUUCCUGCGCGCCGAACAGCCAGUUUCAGAAGUUCUGUUGGCUAGGUUCUGAGCGUAUCGUAUUGGUUUCUCGAGGCAUUGAAGCUGGCGAAGAAAUCACAGUUGACUAUUCGGACGAGUACUGGGAAGGACUAGACAAGCAGUGCUUGUGCGGAGAGCCAUGUUGUCGGUAUCUCAGAAGGGAUCGGUCCCUUUGACUGAAGAUGUCUCUAAAUAUCCCGCUAUCCCAUUGUUCUCCUUAAUUUACAGGCACCAGAGUGAUUCUUUACAUCUAUAUUUUCUCCGACCUCAACACAAAACCUUAUAUAACCACCCACUCACUCACAGCCAAAUCUAUGCUUCGAAGCAACUUUAGUGUAAAUCAUGUCUAGCAUCUUCAGCUCAAACGGGACUACAGAAGCUCUCUAACGGCCACGACUACCAGCCCUCUGUCGUGGUACACCUAUCUUACUCUCACUGAAUCUACGCUCCAAACCAUAUUCUUCCGCUGUCGAUGAGCCAGGAAGAUUCGGCGCACCCCCAAAACUUGCGAGGACGACUUCAUUGUUCGCUGUCAAAUCAUCCAUGAUUUCAAGUUCCUUUACAGUGAACCAUCUCGGCAUCGUCUUCCAACGGAACGGAAUUAGUGCGCAGACGAGUACCGGGAAGCCUAUGAGGUGAUAAUGUCAGCUCGUCGAUUUGGACCGUGAAGAAACAGCUUACCGAUAGCUGCGAUUGUUUGAGAAAUCGCGACCGGAAGGAUCACACCGACUAUCUGGAACAUGAGAUAUAACCAUAUCUUACGUCGUCUGACUUUCAGGAGAGGCUCCGCUUGCUGGACGAAACGGCGCUCAGUCAUUAAGAACAGCAAUUUCUGAGUGAUGCCAUUGCUCUCGAUGGAUCCCCACCCAACAACAAAGAAUACACCACAGAAAAUAGCUCGUGGCAUAGUGUGCAAAACGAUCAGGAGAGGACCAGUCAUGGUACCGAUGAUACCAAGACCCAUAAGGAAAUGUGAGAUUCUCUGCUCAACGACGCCGGUAGCUCUGACAAUAGGGCGGCGAAUCUCGUUCCCUUCACCUUCUUCAGUGGCGAUUAUCUGGAGAUCUGUUUCGAAAAGUGUCAAGGAAUCGGUAUGAACAGGUGCCUAGGAGCGAAUGCUUUAGCAUCGAGCAUGGUUCUUCCUCGAUGGGCACUUUUUACCUGUGGAACGAGACCGUUUGGUAACGGAAUACCGAUGAUACCUGAAACGAAGGUCGUGCAUCCGAGCAAGAAGAAGUCCCAGUGGAAUCCACCGGGCUUCUUCAAAGGAUACUGCUUCGCCUGCGCAGUCAAACUGCUAACGUUCUUCAUAAACCAUCAGAUUGUGUCUGGAAUAAGAACACUGUGAGAAGAACUUACAUGAUCGUAGUAGAAGAGAAGCAUCACCAAGAAACCAAACGGCAUUGCCACGAAAACCCACUUCAAGUCCAAUGUCCAAAAGUCGAUUAGCCAGCUUCGAGGUUGUGUUGGGUAGAAUGCUCGGCUGAUAGGCAGAGUGCUGAUGUUGGCUCUCUUGAUUGUACCAGGAAUGUGGGCAAAUCCGACCCAGAAGAUGGUUGCGAUCUGCGCAGGCCGUCAAUAUUCGUGUUCGAUGUGGCUAAAAUCAUUAUACGUACCGGAUAGGCAUAAUCAGCGAGAAGUCCUCGAGCCCAUGGUUUUGCCAGUACCCCGCUACCGAUUUUCUCCAAGGCAUACACCGUUCCGAAGUAGAGGAUCGCAAUAACACAGCUCAAAUAACCGUCAACACUUCCGAAGGAAUCAAAUAAGCUGACCAGCUCCUCGACUCCUUUGACUAUUCGACUCUUAGUAACAUUCUUCUCGUUUAUUAGGAGAGA